AAUAUUUUAUAUAUUAAAUUAUUAUAUUAUUUUAAAUAAAUUUUUAGUUUUAUUAAUACUUUUAAUUAUUUUAACCUUAAAAUAGUUUUAGUUCUUUAUUUUUCUAUAUUCAGCUAUAUUAAUGAUGGAUUUAAGUAAUUUUACAAAAACUUGUCAUGAAAAAGUUAAUCUGAGUUCUGAAUUUAUUCUUACUUUAUGCGAUCCAAAAGAUGUAUCAUACAUACAACCAUUUUGUAAUGAAGAUAAUUUAAAGCCAAUCAUUUGUUAUAUCAAUAAAAAAACAGAACAAAGAAUAUUUCAUUCUGCAUUUGUACCAAUUCAAAGCUCUGAUGAAGAUGACGAUGAUGAUGAUUUAGAUUUAACUGGUAAUCCUCUAGAAUGUCCAUUUAGUCCAGUGAAAGCUCAAAAAAUAUUGGUAGAAAGUCAUAAGCCAGAAGAUUGUCAUAAUCCAUUAAAUUUACUACAAGCAAGACAGCUUAUAUAUUUAAAAUUUAAGAAUAAUGAUCUGAAAGGUAUACCAAUGUAUAUAUUGUGUGAUGGGUCUAAAAAUAAUAACAUUUUAUUGGGUGGUGACAUUUGUGAAGGAUGGCACUCUCGAUAUUGGGCUGAAUAUAAAGGACAGAAUGAUGUAGAGCACGAAGAGCUUUCUGUUCAGAAUAUGAUUCAAAUUCAUAAAAAGUUUCCUCAAGUAUCAUCUAUGAUGUUAGAAUCAAAAGUAUCUGCAGUUAUUAAUUUAACUACAUCUUCAAAUACAGAAGAACUAACAUUUAUUGAAAAUAAUCCAGGAAUGGUUGAACUUAACCUUACCUGGCGCAGACCAUCACUCUUUGCACCUUUAAUGUCUACAGAAUCUUUUAUUGAUAUUCAUUGCUUUUUGGGUCAUGAAACAAGUCCAAUGCAUCCACUUUGGCAACAACUUUUAUUUUUAGAAAAUCUUAUUGAACAAUUAGCGUUUAUGAAAGAUGAAUGUUUAAGUAAUCGUCAAAACAUUGCGUUUCCCCAAUAUCAAGGUGAUAUUAAAAGAGGUACCAAUGGUAAUAUAGUUGAAAUGUUUCCAUCUAUGCUACAAAGUGUAUCUUCAACAUUGUACAAAAGAGGCAAGUUUGGUAGUCAAGAAGAUAGUGAUCAGAAGUUAUUUUGUCAAUGUGUGAGAGAUAUAAUUACUGCUGAAUGUAUUCAACAGGAGUUCACUGAUAAAUUUUGGACUUACUUGUUGGAAUGUAAAUCAUAUAAUGAUUUAAUUACUUGUUUUGAUAUUUUAUAUAAAUCAGUAAGAAAUGAAACAUUCAAACCAUUAAUUAAAUCUACCAAUGGUACACGCUUAGCACAAAUAUUAAAAUCUUUGCCCAGCAAUACAGCAUCUAAUCCUGAAAAACUGUAUGAUCCUGUUCAACUUUUGAUUGAAAUUGGUAUUGAAAAAUUAAAAAAUGAUUAUACUCAAGCUUUUGUCAUAUCAAAAAUUGCAUUACCUGAAAAUUUGAAAAUUGAACAAAAUAAUAAAUUUUGCAAUAUUGAUUAUUCUGAAUGGUGGACUGUUUUACACUCGUGGAUGAUGUGGUUAAGUAAAAUUCAUACAGUUUUGGAUUUAUCAGCUGUCACAGAAUCUGUGUUGAAUAUUUCAACACAGUGCAUUAUGUCUGUGACAACGAAUGCUUUGCGCCAUUAUCUCGGAGAUUUAUCACCCUUGAAGUCAUUUAACUCUAUUAAAUCAAUACCACCUCAAAUUUUUCGUUCACAAAUAAACACCCAUUUUAUUGAACAUCAUAUUCCUAAAAUAUUCACCUAUGAUAGUUGGACUUUACAACUUACAUCUCAAAAUAACAUUAAGAAAGUUAUGAGUGUGUUUCAUAGAAAUACUAAAAAUAUAUUACCAAAAGUUAUUAUAAAUAAUCAUGUUUCAAAUAAUGACUUAGGAAAAAACAAAGUAAUGGAUCAAACCACUGUAACUUUAGAAACAUAUUAUUGUAUUAAUUUUCAUGCAUUAUCAGAUAAUCUAUCUAUAUAAUCAAGCUAAUUAUUAUAAUUAUAUUUUAUUAUUAGGUAUAAUACAAUUGUUUUUACAUACAGUUUUUGUAUAAAUACAUAAAUGUAUCAUAGUAAUCAGAAAAUCGA